UACGAGGCGUGUGUGUGUGCUACAGUAUCCUAGUACCGGAGGAUGAACAUGGACAGCGGCUGCACGGCGGCUCUCCUCCCUGGUAAAAGCGGCCGUGGAGAAAGCUGAACGAAGCUGAUCAAUAUGCAGGGGAAGCCUCACGUUAUCAAUACCAAAAGCAGGAUAUAAGGAGUGCAAAGAUGACUGAGGGCAAACUGUGCCAAGUGCACUUAUUGGAUGACAGGAAGCUAGAGCUGCUGGUUCAGCCGAAGCUUCUGUCUUAUGAACUCCUUGACUUGGUUUCCUCCCACUUCAACCUCAAAGAGAAGGAAUUUUUUGGUCUGGCCUUUUUUGAUGACAAUGGCCAGUGUAAGUGGUUGCAGAUGGACCGCAGAGUCCUUGAUCACGACUUUUCAAAGAAGCCCGGGCCCAUUGCCCUGAAUUUCUUGGUCAGGUUUUAUGUGGAAAACAUAACACAACUUAAAGAUAUCAUAACAGUGGAGCUGUUCUACCUGAAUGCCAAAUCUGCUGUCUACAGUGGGAUUAUUGAAGUGGAAAGUGAUAACGUCUUCAAAUUAGCUGCAAAUGCCUUGCAGGAGGCUAAAGGAGACUAUACAAGUGAUGAAAACACUCGAGCUGAUUUGAAGAAACUGCCUACUCUUCCCACCAAAGUACUCAAGGAACACCCAUCUCUUGCAUACUGUGAGGAUCGAGUUAUUGAAUAUUAUAAGCAGCUGAAAGGUGUUUCUCGAGGACAGGCCAUUGUGCAGUAUUUGACGUUGGUGGAAUCACUGCCAACUUAUGGCGUCCAUUAUUAUGAGGUUAAGGAUAAACAGGGGAUCCCAUGGUGGCUUGGAAUCAGCUAUAAGGGCAUUGGCCAGUAUGAUCUCCAGGAUAAAUUAAAACCUCGGAAGCUGUACCAGUGGAAGCAGCUGGAAAACUUGUACUUCCGUGAGAAAAAGUUUGCCGUAGAAGUUAAUGAUCCACACAGGAGAGCGGUAACCAAACGAACCUUUGGGCAGACGGGGCUACUCAUCCACACGUGGUAUGCAAGCCAUUCUUUAAUCAAGACCAUUUGGGUCAUGGCUAUUAGUCAGCACCAGUUCUACUUGGACAGAAAGCAAAGCAAAGCUAAACUCGGAACAACAAGAAUUUUAGAGGAAAUUGCAAUGGACCUCACAGAGCAUGGAGGGGCGAAAAUAAACAGACUGGGUGAUGUGGGCCUUAAGAAUAACUUCAUAACAGCCAGCAAUGGGAGUUUGGUAUCUACAGGUUCAGUAGACUCUGAAAUGAGUGAAGAGCAAAAGAAGGAAAAACUCACUGAACUAAGAAAAAAGGAACAGGAGAUUCAAGAUAUUUUGGCUAAGAAAACAAAAGAGCUGAAGAAGAUCUGCCUGAGAGAGGCGGAGCUUACCGGCAAACUGCCAAAAGAGUAUCCCCUUUCUUCAGGUGAAAGACCACCACAGGUCAGACGGCGAGUUGGCACUGCUUUCAAGUUAGAUGACCUUUUUCCCUACAAUGAGGAUCCCAUCCUGAGAAACCUGGAGAGCAGAUUUGCCCUUCAGCAGAAGAUUGUGGAGGCGGCUAAGAAGCUCGCAAAUGAACCAGAACUGUGCAAAACUGUUAAGAAGAAAAGAAGGAGAAACUGUUUGGAUGCUAUGCAUAAACUGCAACAGAUAGAGGAUGAGAUGAACCAGUACAGAAUCAAGAAGGGGAAAAAGCCCACACAACGGGCCUCAGUGAUCAUUGCAGAUGAACUCGUUCGUUCGAACUGCAGCUCUCUGUCUAGUCUCCCGUUGGAUGAUGAUGAUUCAGACAGUCUCAGUCAAAGGCCACGCUCACGGUCAGUCCAAGGAUCCCCUCAACUAAGUCCAAUGCGAUCACUGGGAGCAGAAUUUGAUUUGGAGAGACAGGCAUCUCCACGGGAUAAUCACCACAAGAACCACAACAGAUUAGCUGUUGAUGGCCAGGAGGCUUCCAAUUACUACCAGAAUCCAAGAGAGGUCUCCUCCACCCACAGUAGUCCCUAUAAAACCCUUCCCAGACCUCCUAGAGAUCCUCGCAGCAUGCCUCCCACCCCGGUUAUGACCCGCAAUGCCUACAGCAGCAGUCAGCUCAGGUUGGAGGGAUCUCCUCAUUGCUUCAGGCAUCGCAGUGGAAGUCUGGAGUCUCAGCCUCGGUUGAGAAAAGACAGAGAUUCAGAGAAGCCCGUCUUUAUCUUGUCACCAGCCCACCGCAGCAACAGCACAGAGGUAUUAGAAGAUUGCUCCUCUUACACGAGCCAGUCAAGUCUGGACUACUGCGGGGCUGCCAACUCCCACUACAGUACACUGGACUCCCGUACCUCAACCAUGCAUCGUCUUCACAGAAAAGUAGAAGUGUAUGGUAAUACUGGGAGCAUGCCAAACUUGGUCCAGCACCAUUCUGGUUGUAGUUAUUCAUGUGAGGCCUCACCACACUAUGCACCCAGUGCCUACUAUGUUGCCGGCUACCCCUGUCCGGACAUGGAGCCUUAUGCUAAUGGUGCCUAUGUAUAUGAGAAUGAAGUCGAAGGCCACUACAACGUCAACCCAUCCUACCAAAUGAAUGGGUAUCACGGACAUGACAGAUUCAGGCACUACAGCAGUGAUGGGGCGGAUAAUCUUUCCCAGAAUCCAUACGCAACAGUGAGGCCACCACGGACCAGAGAGGGGCCUAGAAAUGAGCUCUUGGCCAAGAACAUGCAGAAGGCCCUGGUUGCAGAGCACCUGAGAGGCUGGUACCACCGAAACAGAGGCCACAGGGAAGGAGGGAGGGGAUUACUGGCUGGAUAUGACUUUGACAGUGGCUCUCAGCUCAGCUUGGGAUAUCAGACCAUGCCGGCGGCCUUCAGCCACUCGAGCCGAGCCACCUCUUUCUCUUCAGUUUCCUCAGCAGAGAGCACAGGGAACUGGCGCAACCAGCUGGCAGUCGGCCUGACAGAGUUUGAUGCACCUGACACACCUCAGUACCCUCAUCCUGGAGCUUCAGCAUCCCUGUACAACCGCAGUCCCACACAUAACAGAAAUUCUCCAGAAAACAAAGAGUCUGACACAAUGCCCCAAAAAUGUGAGUCAGUAGAUGUGGUUGGCGCUGAGGCAACUAGUGCAGCUGAACCAUCAGACAACCUUUCUAGCACUUAAGGAUUUUACCUUGAUGGGAGCUACAUGAGCAUCCACUGAAGAGGACCAAACCAAACUGUGGCACAAAUAAAGCCAUAGCCAGCAGCACAUGAAGGGAAUGGAGUGGAAACGCAGGCUUUACACAAAUGUUUUUGGCUGCCAUAACCUCGUCUUUGAAGGUGUUUUCUCGUUUUGGUUGUGGCAGAGAGGUGUAAACCGUCCUCAUGUUGUCGUAAUCUCUAAACACAGUGAUGACACUCUUGAAUGAUUUUCCCAUGUGCCUUGGAUUGGAUGAAUUGUACAGGCAGAUGAGAAUGUGUCAAGAAACUUUAAAAUGUUGCACAACCACACUGGAUUCAAACCGUACUGUGUAUUAAAAGAUAACAAAGCUAACAAACGUGUUUUUACUCAAUCCACCACCAUGUGUUUUAACAGAAACUAGCUACUGCCUUAUACAAAUCAGUAGGUUAUAGAAUAAAAACAAAAAACAAUUGCCACUUUUCUCUCAUGAUAAAUGAUAAAACUCAUCUUAAAUAUAACAUCGAUAUUGAAGGCAAAGCUUGGGCAUGUUUACAAGUGUGACAUGACAAAAGCUGGGUUAAUCAUCAUUAGAACAGGCUGUGUAUUUAAUGACGCUCCAUUUCUUUAAAUCAGAAUGUAUCAUGUCAAUAUUGUUUAUAGAACCAUUAGUCUUUGUUAGUGCUUUAUUGUGUUUUAAAAUGCAUGGUGAGAAAAUUGAUUUUUUUUUUUUUAUUAAAAAAAACAAAAACAAAGUUCAGACUUUUUUAUAUUAACAGAAGACCACUGCCAUAAAACAUAUCCAUUUCUCAUUGUUUUCUCACACAUUUGUACAGUCAGUGUGUAGUUACAUGUUGUUAGAUGUUGUCAUAAAAUAUUUUCCACUCAAAUAAAAGGUGAAUAAACAUAUGUGUGACACAAA